GACACUUCAGUUUGAGAACUGGAGACUCGAACACACUCAGUCUCUUCUCCAGGUGAUCUUUCCUGAACAUAGAAAUGAAAUCAGCAGAGAAACUCAUCAUCAUCGUUUGUUUUCUGUUUCAAGGUGUUUUGUGUAGAGAAUUCUCCAUCAGUCUACCACAGAGUGUAGAAGCUCUGAGAGGACUCUGUGUUCUCAUACCCUGCAGUUUUGAGAUUAAAGAAGAAUAUGAUGCAGACCUCCAGAGAGAUCGUACAGGAAUCUGGUUUAAAGACGGCGAUGACCAUAAGAAAAACCAAGUCUUUAACUCUAAAGUAACUAAAGAGAACAAGAUUGAAGGGGAAAUUAUAGGAGACCUCCACAUGAAGAACUGCACCACCAUCUUCUACAACAUCAGAGAGAGUGACAGUGGAAGAUAUUACUUUAGAAUAGAAACUUCAGGAAAACUGAAAGAGACGUAUAAAUCUUCAUCAGUAGAUAUAAGAGUGCGAGACUCUCCAAUCAGCCCCUCAAUAACACUGUAUAAGGAGGAUCAGGGGAAGGUGGAGGACCAAAAUGAGGUGGUGGAGGGAACUUCAGUGAGUCUCAUUUGCUCUGCUCCAGCUCCUCCAUGUCUCUUAAAGCCUCCCACUUUUACAUGGAACUUCCUGCCUGAGGAGAGAAGACAGGAGCAGAACCACAACACCAGCUUCAGCUCCUCUCAGCUGAACUUCAGGGCUACUCACCUGCAUCAUAGAGUCGAUUUCACCUGCACUGCCACCUACCAGCUCCAGAACAAGACCAAAUCAGCACAGAGCUCUUUUACACUACAUGUUCUGUAUGCUCCUAGAAGCACGUCAGUAUCAGCGUCUCCAUCUGCUCCAGUGCUUUUGGGCAGUUCAGUGUCUCUGAAUUGCAGCAGUGAUGCAAACCCAGCAGUGCUGAUCUACACCUGGUACAGAGAGAACGGAGGGCAGAUAGGAACCGGAAAACAUCUCACCAUCAGCAAGACUGAUUCUACACAGAGUGGUUUAUACUACUGUAGAGCUCAAAACCAGCUCGGAGAUCAGAACUCAUCUGUGUACCUGGAUGUUCAGUAUGCUCCUAGAAGCACGUCAGUAUCAGUGUCUCCAUCUGCUUCAGUGCUUUUGGGCAGUUCAGUGUCUCUGAGUUGCAGCAGUGAUGCAAACCCAGCAGUGCUGAUCUACACCUGGUACAGAGAGAACGGAGAGCAGAUAGGAACCGGAAACCAUCUCACCAUCAACACGACUGAUUCUACACAGAGUGGUUUAUACUACUGUAGAGCUCAAAACCAGCUCGGAGAUCACAACUCAUCUGUGUACCUGGAUGUUCAGUAUGCUCCUCGGGUCUCCUCCAGCUGUAACAGCACUCAGGAUUUGAUCGUGUGUUCCUGUGAGGCUCAUGGAAAUCCAUCUCCUAAACUGGAGUGGCGUCUCUCUGGUCAAAAUUCUUCAACCACCAGAGAAGAGUCUGUGAACAAUACAACCUCAAGAAGCCCCAUCUCCAUCCAUCAAUCAUUUACGGACAUGCUCACUCUGCAGUGUGUUGCCUCCAAUAACCUGGGCAUUGACACCCAGCUCUUCUACUUUAAGAAAGUAGCUCAUCACUCUGCUAAAGGUUCAGGUGUGGAUAUUUCCUCUGUGCUGAUUGGUGCAGCUGCUGGAGCUUCAGUAAUGAUGAUGAUGUGUGGUAUAUUCCUGUGUGUAAGGAGAGUGAGUCCUUCCCAGUGUGGACAAAGAGACACAGCAGGACUCGUUUUAAAUGACAGGGCUGUUCGACAGGAAGAAGACGGAGAGUCUGUGUAUGCGAACAAACAGGUUUCAUCAGAGUCGCUUCAUUACUCCACUGUUGUGUUUCCAAACAGAGAUGGAAGCGAAAUCAAAGGCAUUUCCUCUCUCACUACCGACUACGCUGCCGUGCAUCUCAAACAGUCAGAUGGAGCUGACGUCCUUUAUGCACAAGUUAAACCUCUUAAACGUGAAUAGAAGGUGUGAAAAAAUCUCAUUGUUUAGUAAAAUGACAAAAAUAAAUCAGAUGUUUAAAUCAGCUGUUUUAUGUACUUUAUUUAAGUAAUUGAUAUUAAUUUUAUUGCUUUGGGGAACGAAGUUGCAGCUUUUCAUCUGGUUAUUAGUAAAUAUAUUUAAAAGAGUUACAUAAUUUUUAAGUGCUGUAAUGUGAGUUCACAAAGUGCUGUACAGUUCAAUACUUCUGUUUUAUCUUAAUGUCUCCUCUUACAAAUCUACCUACGUCCUUUUAUUUAAUGAAUUUCUGCUUUUAAUGAACAUUAUUUUUUUUAAAAAACUUUUUUUCCUUUAUUGUUAUAUAAUUUCAAAUGUUAUUCUUAUUGCUUCUUGCAAAUCUUAUUGUUUAUUUCUCUUUAAAUCUUAGCUCUUGUCUGAAAUUUAGUUUGAGACAAAUAAAAAUGAUAACAGAUGGAAAAUGGUAAAUAAAACUGUAGUGAUAUUUGCUUUUAGACAGUUUUGCAUUGGUGUGUAACGAUGUGCGUUGUAUGUAAUAUUAUUGCUCAUAAUCAUAACCAUGCAACAAUUUUGUUUCUAUGCCCAGUUUUGGCCUUUGAGUUCCCUUUGCCUUUUCCAUACACAGUGCACUAUGUGUUCCACUUCCCCUGUGUAUGUGGGCUGGUCCUAGCCAUGGAAUAGGAGAGCUCCACCUACACCAGUAGGCAUGGGCGAAGAAGAGAGUUGGAAAUUCUCAGCAAGAAAACAGAACAGAAAUGGUUGUUUUAAUAAGAACAAUAUCAUGUCCAAUAUCAUGUCUAUUAUGAGUCC